CACACAGGUUACCAGCUCCCGCACCCGCUGGAGCAUCGGAUGCUCAUCAAGGUCCAGACGACCGGACAGACCGCGGCGCCCGUCGACGUUCUGAAGGCCGCGAUCGUCGACCUCCAGGGCGAGACCGAGGCCUUAGAUCGGGGCUUCCGCGACGGCGUCGCCGCGGUGCGCGAGCGGCAGAUGCAGAUAUGA